AAUUGGGAAAAUAAUUAAAAAAUUUUGCACGAAGAAGAAACGUUGCUUUCUCUCUCUGGUUCCGAAAAAAGGCUUCACAGAGAACGAAGCGAGGGUUUUGUGAAGUGAGAGAAAAGAAGAAAACGAAGGUUUUAGGGAGAGAAAGCUUAAAAUUCGCUCACUGAAACACAGAAUUUUUAGAGUGAGAGAAAGUUCUAGAUGUAUAUAUGUAGAGAGAGAAACACGCAGAAAAGUGAAGUUCCCUCUGUUCUAGCUGUAUCAUUUGCUAGGGUUUCAUUUGAUUUCAGUGUAUUCAAUUUAAGAAGUUUCAAGAUUGAAACGGUAUUUAAUUGCUGAAACUAUCAAUAAGUUCUUAUCUUUGGAUAUUUGCUGCUGUACAAACUGCGAUUCAUGUGUCUGGUUAUUCUGUAAGCAAACUGUACUCAGAGUUAGCUGUUCUCAAUGGAAGUAAUAUUAUCUGUAUGCUGCAAGGACUUAUUUAGUAAUUGGAGGUGUGGAAUGUGAAGCACUAUGACACUUGAAGAUUUCUUUACCUUGACUGAGAUGAAAGAUGGGCUUACAGCCCCUUCCCGAGUGCAUGAACUGGUUGCUGUAAUGCAGAAGGAGAAAGAUUGUAUUGUGAAGAAUGUUGGUGAUGCCACCAGGCAAUGGGCUGCUGUUGCUAGCACGAUUGCUGCUACAGAGAAUAAAGAUUGUCUUGAACUUUUUAUUCAAUUAGAUGGACUAUGCUUUAUUGGUAGAUGGUUAAAGGAUGUUCAGAAGUUUGGUAACGACACGGCUGAUGGCUUCAUAGAAGAGUCGAUUACUGCACUAUUAAGAGCACUGGAAAAGCUGCAAAUAGACAAGGAGAGGUCCAUUUCUUCUGGAAUCUGGAUCACUGUCCAUGAUCUUCUUGACCACAGUAGUACUCGUGUUCAGGAUAGAGCAAGAGCAUUGUUUGAUAGCUGGAAGCAGGGUAGGAUUAGUGAGACAAUUAAUCAUGAUGUUCAGAGUAUGGGGACAUUGGGUGAUGCCAAUGUGCUCACCAGUGAGAAUAAUAGAGCAGAUUGUACUGCUGUUGAGGUUUCCCUUUCAAAAAGAAAUGAUGAUGUAGAAAAUAUUGCAGCUGAACCUGCCAAGGAUGAAAAUUUGCAAUCAAACUCAAAUUGCCUUCAAACCGAAAAGACUGAAGUUGUACAGAUUCAAACUGAUCAUAGCAUGGAGGAUAGAUCACUGGAUCCGCUCACCACGUCUGUCUUGUCAAAUUCUGUUCAAGAGAGUCCUUCACUGCGUGAAAAAUCCUCAAUGAGUAUUGGUGAAGGAACUGCUUUGACUGAGACUCAUAGUUUUACUAUUCCCAAGGGACAAAGUGCUGAACCAGAGUUGGAUGCUUCAAAGAAGCUGAGCAGUUUCUCUGAGAACUUGAGUAUGGUAGCUUCCCCCUCUAGUAAGGUUGAACCUGGAGCUAGUUCUUCUAGUGUUGAUGCCGCCAGUGCUAAAGAGAUGACAGAACCUGCACAGCAAAACAGUGCUGAUGCCAAAGAGGGAGAUUUUGACCUUAAGAUUAGUGCAUUUGGUAGCAAACGAACAUCCACAUCUCCACCAAGAGCUGGGACCAAUGAUGUGGGGUUUAUAAAUCAUUCUAACACACAGGCGUUCAAGUCGACAUCAAAAGAUGAUCAUUCUCAUGACACUCAGCAGGACUCAUCUCACAGUGACCAGAAAUUGGAGAAAACUGAAGAUACAGGGACUCCUUUUUCACGGAUGGCCCAUAUUGGAGCUGCUGAUGAUGAUCGAGAGCAUAGCAGUGACGGAGCUGACGACUUAAGAGAUGAUUCCGAUUUCUCUAAACCGGCAAUAAAUGCCCGGAGCCCUGAUCCAAUUGAUAGGAGGAGAUCUGAUAUUGACCUUGAAUUUGGCAUAGUUGAUGCUCUAGAAGUUGCUCGUCAAGUUGCACAAGAAGUGGAGAGAGAGGUGGUAGAUUAUAGAGAACCAUCUUGCAGCUCUUCUUCGGAGAAAAUUAUGGACAGUGAUGUCAGGGAGCCGGAUAGUCCAGAUUCUAUAAAUGGAAAGCAGGAAUCAAGAACAGAGGUCCCUCAAGAAGACAUUCCAGCUGGACGGAGCCUGUCUGCUGAGGCAUACCCUGUAGAAGAGGGGCACUUAAUUAGUUCCAACAACAUGGAUACUGAAGCAGAAAAUGGUACACAUGAGUUGGAGUCUUCACAGGUGACUGAAGUGGCUCCAGGACCAGAAGUUAUUGCAGAGAAAAGCUUAUGUGACUUUGAUCUGAAUCAAGAAGUCUGUUCUGAUGAUAUGGAUCGUCCAAUUAAUCCAAUCUCUGCUCCAAUUUCAGUUGUUUCAGCUUCAAGGCCUGCAGCAGCAUCUGGAUCUCCGUCAGCACCUUUGCAGUUUGAGGGCAUUCUAGGAUGGAAAGGGUCUGCCGCUACUAGUGCUUUUCGACCAGCAUCCCCACGCAAGAUAUCUGACAGUGACAAGAUUCUUGAUACUGGGGGAACGAGCAGCAUUUCAAAACAAAGGCAGGACAGCCUUGACAUUGAUCUCAAUAUAGCUGAGGAUGGAGAUGAGAAGGUGGACUUUAUUUCAGGGAGGCCAAUUCUGGUCUCUUCUGGGCUACAUUCUGCGGAGUCUUCGCUAGAAGUGGGUCCAAGAAGAUCAGAGAGACCCAAUCUGGAUUUAAACCGUAUCAGUGAUGAUGGUGAUGCUCCACCAUCAAGUUUGAGGAUGGGGGGACAGCAGCUUUUUUACCCCCGGAAUGGUCAUCGCAGCCCAUCUCCUGCAUCUUCAUCAUCAUCUAUGCAGCCUUCACUUAGAAAUUUUGAUUUGAAUGAUAGGCCUUUUUUUCACAAUGAUUCUUCAGAUCAAGGGCUGUAUCUGAGCAGCCAAAAUGCAAGUGCUUCUGGAGGUUCUAAAUCAGGUGAUCCUAUUAUAUCUAUCAUGGGUACAAGAGUCGAAGUGGGCAGUAGAAUAGAAGUCGGCAGAAAGGAUUUUGUUCCUCAAAAUCCAUCCAUGCCAAAUGGCAAGCCUCUGGAUCCUGCAAUGGAUGCUAAUUUGGCAAGAAUAGGAGGUGUUCUCGGAGUUCCAACUGUAUCAUACGCACAUUCUCCUGUUUUUGGGUACAAUGGAUUGACAACAGUGCCAACUAUGUCCAUCUCCUCGGCUGUAUAUGGACCUGGUGCUUCAAUCCCUUACAUGGAUACAAGAGCACAUGUUGUGCCUCAACUUCUAAGUUCUGCAUCAGCUGUUCCUGCUUACUCCCAGCCCUCAUUCAUAAUGAGUAUGAGUGGUGCACCGGUGAAUUUAAAUGGAGCAGGGCCCUCACGGCCUAGCUUAGAUUUAAAUUCUGGUUUUGCAUUUGAAGGAGGUGGUGGGGGUUUAAGGCAGCUUUUCAUGCCUAGCCAAAGCAGGUCAAUGGAGGAGCAUUUAAGGGCAAACAUGCAAUCCUCUUCGAGCUCUGGAGUAGGCGGGAAAAGAAGGGAACCAGAUAGUGGUUGGGAACCUUACUCGUUACCUUACAAAAAUCCACAACAUCCGUGGAGAUGAAACAUCCUAAUUGCCGGAGUUGCUCAUUUGGUAUAAAGUUCAUAAAUCAAGUGAAGCUGAUAACUGUUCCGAUUUCAAAGAAAAUUUUAAAGAGUAUGCGAGCCCAUUGGCUUCAGCGAGGGGGGAAAUUUAGAACUGAAUAAAGAUGGAAAUUAUGAAUGUAAUAUGAUUCAUGAGAUUAAUUGCUGAAGAAAAAAGAAAAUUAGGUUUUAUUUGUUUUUAGUUUUGGUCUAGUUUCUUAUUUUCCUUUUUGUUCCAUAGGUCAUGGCAGACAUAGAAAGUUUGGUACAUGUAGCUGUAAUUUCUUUUUCUUAUAUAGCACAGAAAUUUAAAGGAACCAGUUGCCGCUUCA